AUGUUUCAUCAACUAAUUUUAACCUAUUUUAUCACCAUUUUUUCAAAAUCUAUCGCUCUUUUAACAACAUCGGACUAUCGUGUAUCAACUCGUAAUAUUACCUGUGCAAAUGGAUCAAAUAUAGUCUUUAGUAAAAAAUGUGAAGCAUGUCUCAUUGUUACUCGUAAUUAUCGUAUUGAUACUCAACUCUCUCUGACUGGUAAUGGUCCUGAGGGCAGUUCCUAUUAUUGUCUUGAUAUUAAACAAAUUGAAGGUUAUCAUAAUAAUUUGGUACGUGAAUGUUAUGAUUAUCCAUUAGAUAAUCUAAAUGGUUUUAAUGAUUUUUGUAUUGCAUCACCAUAUACAACUAUAAGAGGAUCAUAUCGAGCAUGUACAUGUACUAUAGAUAGAUGUAAUAUAAACUAUAAUGAAUGUGUAUUAAAAAAUAAUUUGAAAAUAUAUGUACCAUUUUUAAAUACGAUUCAAGAAUCCGGUGCACCAAUUCAAUGUUCUACUGAUCAAACGCCUCUAUGUGAUACAAAAGAUUUUGCUUGUCAAAAUUUUGUUAAGCAAAAUUGUGUUCUCUGUUUAAUAAAAAUUGAUAAUUUAGGACAAGUGACACGACAAUGUUUACCACCAAGUUUAUAUAGUUAUUAUUUGACAUAUACACGAAUGGAAGAAUGUUCACAAUCAACAUAUUUAUCAAAAAGUUUAUAUUUGUAUAAUUGUCAAAAUGGUGAAACAAUUUGUAUGUGUACAAAAAAUUAUUGCGAUAAAGAUAUGGACACAUGUAGAACAAGUGAAGCAAAUAAAAUUAAAUUAACAAUAGUAUUGUUGUCAUUGUUCUCUUUUGUAUUCAUAUUCUGA